AUAGUGACAGAAUAUCUACCACAAUGACCCCGGAAGAGAUUACAGAGAAGAAGACCAUGAAGGAAGGUAGUCCAACUGCUCGGGUGGAGCACACCGAGAAAGCCAGCGGCGCACAUGCGAUCUACGACCUGGAGGGGCGCACCACCGGCCCGAGUCAUCUUAGCGCGAUCCUCGAGAACCCUCUCGCAGGGAUCCCACGCGAGAAGUUGUUGGACGAUGUUGAAAUCUUCUGUCGUGAAUAUGGUCUAGAUGAACAUCUGGAGGACUUCCGGAAGGGAGCGCUCAUCUCGCAGAACCCAGCAGGAGCGCUCGAUCUGCCCGAGCUGAGUGAGGAAGACAAGAACACACUCAGGCGCGAGCAGACUCACAAAUGGUCGCAGCCAUGGCAGCUUUACUUUUUGGCUGCUAUGUGCUCCCUUGCUGCCGCUGUCCAGGGUAUGGAUGAGACCGUCAACAACGGCGCGCAGGCAAUAUACUUGAAGCAACUCGGGAUCAAGUCCUCUCGUUUUUCUCCGAAGAUGCAAGACUACCUGACAGGUCUUGUCGUUGGCGCACCCUACCUCGCCUGCGCGACGGUCGGAUGCUGGCUGACGGAGCCGAUGAAUCGAUACCUCGCCCGUCGAGGGACGAUCUUCUGGUCCUGCUUCAUCGCCGCCGUUGCGUCUAUCUGGGAAGGCGUGGCCAAUUCCUGGGUCAACCUGUUCCUCGCCCGGUUCGUCCUAGGCUUGGGUAUCGGGUCCAAAUCCUCGACGGUGCCCGUCUACGCGGCCGAAUGCUCGCCCGCGCCUAUUCGCGGCGCCCUAGUCAUGAUGUGGCAGAUGUGGACGGCGUUCGGGAUCAUGCUGGGUAACAUCAUGGGGGUGGCAUUCAUGGGCCUCUCGGACGACCUCUCGUGGCGUCUCAUCCUGGGCUCCACCGUCGUCCUACCCAUCAUCGUCUGCGCCCAGGUCUACUUCUGCCCCGAGUCCCCGCGCUGGCUCCUCCAGCAUGAUCGCAUCGACCAGGCCUUCCGCGCCUUCCGCACCCUCCGGCCCACCUCCCUCCAAGCCGCGCGCGACCUCUACUACGCCUACGUGCAGGUCCAGCUCGAGCGGCAGGUCAACACGGGCCGCAACUUCUUCAGCAUGUUCCUCGAGCUCUUCACCGUUCCGCGCAACCGCCGCGCCACGCUGGCCAGCUGGAUCGUGAUGUUCAUGCAGCAAUUCUGCGGCGUCAACGUGAUCGCCUACUUCAGCUCGACCAUUUUCUUGGAUGCGGGGUACUCGAUCCAACAGGCCCUGCUCGCCUCGAUGGGCACCGGCAUCCUGAACUGGGUGUUCGCGCUCCCGGCCUUCUUCACCAUCGACACCUGGGGCCGUCGCAAUCUGCUGUUGUUCACCUUCCCCUUCCUCGCCCUGUGCCUCCUCUGGUGCGGCUUCUCCUUCUGGAUCGAGCCCGACAACCCCAGCAGCCGCGCCCGCGUCGCCAUGGUCACGACGGGGAUGUACCUGUUCGAGGUCUUCUACUCCCCCGGUGAAGGCCCUGUGCCCUUUACGUACUCGGCUGAAGCAUUUCCCCUGCAAGUCCGCGAGGUGGGCAUGUCCUUCGCGACGGCGACGACCUGGUGCUUCAACUUCAUUCUGUCGUUCACGUGGCCGCUGCUGCUGAGUUCGUUCAAACCCCAGGGCGCUUUUGGGUGGUACGCCGCCUGGUGCGUGGUCGGGUGGGUGCUCGUGCUGCUGUUCGUGCCGGAGACGAAGGAACUCACCCUCGAAGAACUCGACCAGGUCUUCUCCGUCUCCACCCGCAAGCACGCCCGCUACCAGCUUGACAACGCCUGGUGGCACUUCCGCGUCUGGAUCCUGCGGCGGAAGCUCGAGCCGCUGCCCAGAUUCUACGAGGGGGCGGAGCGGUUGGCGGAGGUGGUGCGCUAGCUGAGCUGCAGUAUACUGUAAUUUACGGGGCCUCGGUUGUGGGAGAUGCGGUGAGAGAGGGAUGAACGAAGUGCUCUAUGUAACUCAUGUAUGCUGUUCGACUGU